AUGGGUUGCUGCCAAUCUAGAUCGCUGUAUCCACCCUCAGAGCAGCCUAAUUCCUCCUCCCGUGCGAUUACCUCCUCCCAACCCCAAUUACCUCCAGCUCUCCCCCGCCCUUCAACUUCUACCCACAGCGGGCGGCACUCUCACCACCGAUCGUCCCAACCACUCUCUGCCCACAUCAAUCGGCCGCUCAGACCCCAUGUAUGGAGUAGCAGAUCUCGAGUAUGGACUCGUGCCGAGUUAGAUCGCGAACGCACGGAGUUCUUUGAGACUAGAGUUGCGGGGCGACCUGAGAUAUGGCAGACUUUAAGAGUAGCCUUGGAGGUACUAUGGGCUGGGGGGGAUCCUGAGGAUGAUACCGGCAUCUUGACCGCCCAGACCAUAUUAGAUGCUGCUGGUAUUACCUUACCGACGGGCGAUUUGGCAGGGGGAGCGUACGAUGGCUUCGGAGCGUUCUAUCCCUUACAUCAAUUUGUUGUCUCAGACCCGGAGAAUAUGGUAGAUUCGCCAUCUGGGGCAGCCCCUGCUGGGGAUGGAGAGGAUAAAGACGCGGAAAGUGAUGAGCUAGAUGAAGAUGAAAUUCUGAGGAGGAGAGAAGAGAAAGGGAAGGCGGUUGUUAACCCGAAGGAUCUGAUGAAUGUGAGGGCGAGACUGAGUGAUGGGGCAGGCCCAGAUCUCGUGGUCAGUGUUGGGAAGGAGGAUUCUGUACGAUUGCUUACCCGGAGAGUAUUUGAGGAAUCAGGACUCACACAACCAAAAUAUAUACGGAUCGCUUACAUGGGCAGAAUACUGAAGGACAACCAGUCGUUGAUUGCUCAGGGAUGGAAAGAUGAUCACGUGGUAAAUGCAUUGGUGUUCGGAUAG